UGCUCAAAAUGAUUCAGGAGAAAAUCAAGAGAAAAAUAAUAUCCCUCUUCGAUCAGAACUUCCAUUAGCUACAGGAAAGUGGAACCAAUUUAAAGGAUUUUAUACACCUAGACCUAUUCCAUCUAAUGCACAUUUUAGUCAUACUGUACAAACAAUAUCCAAAUGCGUGUUCGUGCGUGUAAUACAGUCAGAGGAUUUAGCUGUUUAGGCCCAAACAGAGAUAUCCGCCCUUGUGGAAAUAUUUUGGGGGAAAUACCACCAAACAGACAGAGAAUACAACAAAUACCACUCGAACAUAACACAAAUCAUGAACAAUUCGAAUUGGAAGAUCCAUGGGCUGAGGAUAGAAGGGAGGCAUUAAAGCAGCUUUAUGAGAAGAUUCCGAGGAGAGAAGAAAAUGUUGAAAAAGGUAAUGGAAGAAAUUGUUCUUUUAAUCUAAUGAAAAACGAUCGAAAAAAGGCUCUCCAAUAA